AUGAAACCUGGGCCUGGCUUCCAGGGAAUGGCAGUCCUGAGCGCUAUGGCCGUUGGCUAUGCACGUCCACAUGAAAUACAUAAAGCGAACUCCCUUUCCGUCGAUGAGUGGUAUGGACUCGUUGAUGUAGCUCCUAAUAAACGCAAAAUCGACUCGAAUUCCUCGACUAAGGUGAACGGAGUUGGUACCAUAGCUUCGGAUAAACGGAAUAUUGCUUCAACUUCCGCUACUAAACAAAAAAUGACCGGUAGCAAAACCUCUUGCAAGCCUACUCUCGACUCGAUACCUUCGGCCAAGCAGGACGGAGGCGGUGAUAUGGCGCCUAACAAGCUAGAAUAUCCAACGCAUAAUGUUUCGAUUUGA